CAGAGUCAUUCAUUCAUUCACAAUCAAGUAGUAACUCACUAAGUUUAUUCAAAGUUCAAACAUACCAAAACACAAGAUGUCUCUAGUCAGUGACGAGAUCAAAGCCAAAUCAGAGGUAUACUAUGGAGAUGAAAUCUGCCAAAUCAAGUCCAAGGAACUGCUCAAGGAAAUAAGCAUGCCCAAUGGCCUUUUGCCAUUGAAAGACAUAGAAGAAUGUGGAUACCAUAGAGAGAGUGGUUUUGUGUGGCUUAAGCAGAAAGCAAGCUAUAACCACAAGUUUGUGAAAGUUGAUAGGCAUGUGAUCUAUGGUACUGAAGUCACUGCCACUGUUGAGGUUGGUAAGAUCAAGAAGCUAACUGGUGUGAAGGUGAAGGAGCUCUUGAUUUGGCUUCCUCUUCAUGAAAUCCUUAUGGAUGAACCACCUACUGGCAAAAUCACCUUCAAGGCUGUUACUGGGCUUUUCAGGACAUUCCCUGCCUCAGCUUUUGAGAUUGAAGAGGAAGUUAAGGAUGUGAAGGAAGAAAACAAAGAUCAAGUCAAAGAAACUGCACCUGCCACUGCUGCUCCUGUUGAAGUCAAAGAGGUCUGAAUCUGAUUCUGAAGUAUUCGUAUUCAUUAAAAUAAAUUUAUUAUUAUGUUAUGUUUCAAUACAUUGUAAUCCUUUCAAUUUCUUGCUUUAUAGUAAUGCUUGUUAUGUUUCAGAGUCUUUGAUUAUGCUGCUCUCAUUGAGCUGUUUACUUAAAGACUAAGAAUAUAUAAAAUUAUUAUCAUUUAUCA